UGGUAUUGAAUUGAAUAUUCCGAAAGGCCAAAACACAAUCAGGUGGUCCCUUUGAUUUUACAUUAAUGACCCUUUUAUUUAUUGCCAGAAAACACAGCAUAAUUGGUGGUUGGUAUGCGCAUCAGUUACCAGUAGGGUUUAUUACAACAACAACAUCCACCGGCGGCACUUGACUGUAGUUAAGAUUUAAGAACAUAUGGCAUUGUUGAGUCCUGUUUCAUCAUCAUGUUUGCCAAGAUUGUGCUCUCAAUUAGCAGCACAUGAUGCAGUUGUAGAUACAAAGUCUAGGGUUUGCUUAUCAAGUGCAUCAUCUCACCUUCAACGCAGUUUGAUUCAUAAAUGUUAUUUGGAUAAAAGAGAGUCACAUGGUUUCAAAGUUUCGGCUUCGGCUUCGGUUACAGCAGAUGUUUCGACAGCUGAAGUGGCUGUGAAGUCGCCGAUAGUGAAGGGUGACACCUGGUCUAUUCACAAGUUUGGUGGCACGUGUGUGGGAACUGCGCAGAGAAUCCAAAAUGUUGCGAAUAUUGUUAUCGAAGACAGCUCUGAGAGAAAGCUGGUGGUUGUUUCCGCAAUGUCGAAAGUUACAGACAUGAUGUAUGAUCUUAUUGAGAAAGCGCAGUCACGAGACGAUUCGUAUGAAGCGGCUCUUGAUGCUGUAUUUGAAAAACACAAGUUGACUGCUGUUAACCUGCUUGAUGGGGACGAACUUGCUAGUUUCUUGUCUGUUCUGACUCGUGAUGUCCAUAACCUGAAAGCAAUGCUACGUGCAAUAUAUAUAGCUGGACAUGGUACAGAAUCUUUUUCCGCUUUUGUUGCGGGACACGGAGAGUUAUGGUCAGCUCAGAUAUUAUCAGCUGUCCUCAGAAAGGGUGGGAUAGAUUGUACAUGGAUGGACACAAGGGAUGUCUUGAUUGUGACACCUGCUGGUUCUAAUCAAGUUGAUCCCGAUUACGAGGAAUCAGAGCAAAGACUUGACAAUUGGCUCUCGCAAAAUCCUUCUAAGGUAGUUGUUGCUACUGGUUUUAUAGCUAGCACACCUCAAAAUAUACCGACAACUUUGAAAAGGGACGGGAGCGAUUUCUCUGCUGCUAUCAUGGGUGCUUUAUUCAGGGCCCGCCAAGUGACAAUUUGGACGGACGUCGAUGGCGUGUAUAGCGCAGAUCCUAGAAAAGUUAGUGAGGCGGUUGUACUGAACACCUUAUCUUAUCAAGAGGCAUGGGAAAUGUCAUAUUUUGGGGCAAAUGUUUUACAUCCUCGAACUAUCAUUCCAGUGAUGCAGUAUGACAUUCCGAUCGUUAUAAGAAACAUCUUCAACCUCUCUGCACCUGGAACAAAAAUUUGCAGGGCACCCAUCAUUGAAGCUGAAGUAAAAAAGGACUCGGUAGCUUAUGUAAAAGGCUUUGCAACCAUAGACAACUUGGCCCUUGUAAAUGUCGAGGGAACUGGAAUGGCUGGUGUUCCGGGUACAGCAAGUGCCAUUUUUGCGGCUGUUAAAGAUGUUGGAGCUAAUGUCAUCAUGAUUUCUCAGGCUAGCAGUGAACAUUCUGUGUGCUUUGCUGUGCCUGAGAAGGAAGUGAACGCGGUUGCAAAGGCAUUAGAGGCUAGAUUUCGUCAAGCUUUGAGUGCUGGCCGUCUUUCUCAGGUUGCAAUAAUCCCGAACUGUAGCAUUCUUGCAGCAGUUGGGCAGAAAAUGGCUAGCACCCCAGGUGUUAGCGCCACACUAUUUAAUGCACUUGCCAAGGCUAAUAUUAACAUCCGAGCUAUAGCACAAGGAUGCUCAGAGUACAACAUCACAGUAGUUGUCAAAAGAGAAGAUUGCGUGAGAGCCCUAAGAGCCGUUCAUUCAAGAUUCUAUCUUUCUAAAACGUCAAUAGCAGUUGGCAUAAUUGGACCUGGGCUGAUUGGUGCCACUUUACUUAAUCAGCUUAGGGAUCAGGCAGCAGUACUGAAGGAAAAGUCUAAAACUGAUUUACGCGUUAUGGGUAUCAUUGGAUCGAAGAAAAUGCUACUGAGUGACACGGGUAUUGAUCUUUCUAACUGGAAAGAACUUCAGAAUGAGAAAGGAGAAAAAGCCGAUCUGGAAAAGUUUGUUCAUCAUGUUCACGGGAAUCAUUUUAUCCCCAAUACGGUAUUAGUAGACUGUACAUCAAGCACUGAUGUUGCAGAUCACUAUCAUGACUGGUUACACACAGGAAUUCAUAUUAUUACCCCAAAUAAGAAAGCGAAUUCUGGACCACUUGAUAAGUAUUUGAAGCUGAGAGCUCGUCAAAGGCAAUCGUUCACUCAUUACUUUUAUGAAGCUACUGUUGGAGCUGGUCUACCAAUCAUGCAUACGUUAAGAGAUCUUCUUCAAACAGGGGAUAAGAUUAUCAAAAUUGAAGGCAUUUUCAGUGGGACAUUGAGUUAUAUAUUCAACAGUUUUGUCGACACACGAGCGUUCAGUGAAGUAGUGAUGGAGGCAAAAGCAGCAGGCUACACCGAACCUGACCCUAGGGAUGAUCUUGCUGGUACCGAUGUAGCCAGAAAGGUGAUAAUUCUUGCUAGAGAAUGUGGUUUAAACCUUGAACUUUCAGAUAUUCCUGUGCAAAGCCUUGUGCCAGACCCAUUAAAGGAAACUGCAUCAGUGGAUGAUUUCAUGCAGCAGCUGCCGUCCUAUGACUCAGAUAUAGCCACUAAGCGUCAAGCUGCAGAGGAUGCCGGAGAAGUUCUAAGAUAUGUUGGGGUUGUGGAUGUUAAAAACCAGAAGGGAGUUGUGGAGUUGCAACGAUACAAAAAGCAACACCCGUUUGCCCAGCUGUCGGGUUCUGAUAACAUCAUUGCUUUUACAACAGAAAGGUACAAUAAACAACCUCUAAUCGUUCGCGGUCCGGGAGCCGGAGCAGAAGUAACAGCUGGUGGUGUUUUCAGUGACCUGUUACGGCUUGCCUCAAAUCUUGGCGCCCCUUCAUGCUAAUCGUGUUUGUAAUUGCGGUCCUUAUUUCUAUAUAAUAAGCCAAUCGAGGUUGUUGUAUUGAAUUCUGUUCUGUUGUUGCAACGGUUCAAUGCAAGAAGCAAUCUUGGGUUUAGUUUAGGUAGCUCUUAAUAAGGUUAGGACCAAAAACUAUUGUUUCAUGCUUGCUAGGUACUUGUUCUCAUAAUGAUUUUUUCCACAAGUUCUGUUCAAAUGAAAUAAAGGUCGUUCAAUACAUUUCGUGAA